AUGACUUCUCCCGCUGGUCUUCAGAAUGUCCUGAACUUUCGUGAUGUUGGUAAGACAGUCAAUGACUUUUUGGGUACAAGACGAAUUCGCGAGGGCUUGUUCUACCGUUCGGCAAGACCAGACGAUGCCACCCUUCCAGACAGAAAACUCAUUAGAGAUGGUCUUGGCGUCAAGACAGUUAUUGAUCUAAGAACCAAAACUGAACAUCUCAACCAAGCCAAAAAACGCAAAGAGCAGUCCAGUAUUCCUGCGCUUGUUCAGUCCAACGAAGCUCUUGCCGAGCCACUCCAAAUCUCUGGUCUGAACUACCGAGACGUCAAAGUCACUGGCCGCCCAUUCGAGCUAUUUCUCUUGAGUCAGUUAUCAUGGUGGGAUUUCUUCCGUGUCGUUUUCCUCUUCCUAUGCGGUUAUCGUACUGAAGCCAUCAAUAUCAUCGGAGAGAAAGUUAUGAUCCCGCGUGGGCUUGUAGGGCUGGGUUUAGAUACACUCGACCAGUCCACCAAGGAAAUUCACGAGGCUUUGUCUCUUUAUGCUGACCCAUCAGCUCUGCCUUCCAUUGUUCACUGCACUCAAGGCAAAGACCGAACAGGUCUCAUCUGCGCUUUGGUGCUCAUGAUUCUGGAUGUGCCUACCUCCGCCAUCGAGUAUGACUAUGGUCUCAGCGACGAAGCACUUAUUUCCGAGAGAGAGCAGCGUCUUAUCGAAAUCCGGGAAAUCGGUUUGACGGAUGAAUGGCUUCACACUGCUGAUGAUAUGAUUGUUGGCCUUCAAAAGCACCUGGACAGCAAAUAUGGUGGACUCAAUGCGUACCUGGAUGGCAUCGGGUUUGGUGCUGACGAUCGAGCCAAGCUAUGCGAUGUUUUGCUUUACUAA